AUGGCUACCCCGUCGGCAAUUACCAUUGGCAGCGGCUCAUUCACGGGCAAAUGGGUGAUUGACAAGAAAGCCUCGCCUCCUCCGGAUCCUGCAUUAAAACUUCAAGGGAUAGGUUGGGUCCUGCGCAAAGCUGCUGGUCUAGCUGUGCCAACUCUCCACAUGUCCAUCUCGUCACCCUCAGCCAGCCGCCUCUGUACCGAGUCGCAAUCUGCUCCACAGAAGGCGUAUAUUUCGGUCUUUCAGGUCCCCACAGCCGGGCUGGGAGCGAUCACCGAGUCCCGAGUACUGGAUUGGGACGAAAGGACCCCGCUGAAGGAUUUUUUAUUUGGAACCCGUCUAUCUCGGAACCGCUUCAUCACUGGUAAAAAGAGGGACGAUGGCCGUGUGGUGCCCGAUUUCCUCCCCGAAACGAAGAUCGAUAACAAGGUGAUUGGUCAGAUGCUGAGGGGAGAAAUUGCACCCGAGGGGUCUGAUGACAGUGGAUUCCUGGUAGAGGGAGACGAUGAAGCUGAGAAUGCAGGUCUCUGGAUCCACACCUUCGAAUACCGGGAAGAUGGAGCGUGGACUGCGGAACAGAUUUGGGGCUUUGAGAUGAUUGGGGGAGAAAGAUUCCAUACGAGACGAUUUGUGGUCGCCGAUAAAGGGGGAAAUUUUGAGAUGGGUCGCAUUGUUUUUUCUUACUUUGGACCUAUCGAGGGCUGA